CUUGCCCCAGGCGCGUUAAACCGCUGUUGGUAAAACUACAGUACCACCUACAAUGACUUCCUUGUCAAUCACCCAGUUCAGGUGCAAGUUGCUGUGCCCACUGUCCAGAUGGUUGCAGCUCCAUCUCAGACUCCUACUCCUGUUCCUACUGAAGUAGAUUCCUUAGACAUAGCUGUUAACAUGGUUCCACCCAAAUCAAAAAAAUCUAAGAAACCUCAGCCAGAUAACCAAGAGAGAAACUUCCAUUGUCAGGAGUGUGGUUCUUCUUUUACCAACAGUUCAAAUCUCCGUAGCCAUAUGCGAAUACACUCUGGUGUGAGACCAUAUGUUUGUGAUGAGUGUGGUAAAUCUUUCAUUCAGAGUUCUAAUUUAAAGGCACACAAAAGAGUGCAUAUGGGGAACUUCCCAUCUCUGAGUGUGGGCAGACAUUUUCUCGUUCUUCGCAUUUGGUGGGACAUAAAAGAACUCACACAGGAGAGAGGCCAUAUAUUUGUGGUAUUUGUUCCGAGGCAUUUUUCACAUCAUCGCAUCUGAGAAAUCAUGUUCGGCGUCACACAGGUGAGAAACCAUAUGUAUGCCAAUAUUGUGGGGAGUCUUUUGGGCAGAGUGUUGAAUUAAGGGUACAUCAUCGUUAUCAUACAGGUGAAAAACCCUUCAAAUGUCGGGAAUGUGACACUGCACUUAUUUCAGCAAGAGAACUUAAAGCCCACAGAAAGGUACAUAUCAGGUUAAACCUUCAAUGGAGCAGUGUGCAAAAUUUUUUUGGCUCUUACCUUCUUGACAAAGCACAAGGUGCGCUGCAAGGGUCCUAGGCCUAAGCGGCCAAAGGGAAGACCCCGCAAAUAUCCCAGAGCCGAUGGAGAGGAGCCUCCAUGGAAGAAGCCAAAGAAAAGGAAGACAAACCCAGCACAAUGAU